AUGUUGGCUUCGAAAUCAUGGCUCGAUGCAUAUAUACUGACCUUCAACUGUGCGAGAAACACCAUUGAUACCCACAUAUUUGCCUCGCACUUGUUCGACGGCCUCUCGAAGGAUUCCGCCUCCGUUGAAUACCCGGAGAUCUUAGUCCUCUCGCUCCAGGAGAUUGCGCCUAUUGCCUAUGCGUUCCUUGGGGGGCCCUUUUUGGAGUGGUAUUUUGAUGCGUUUAGGCUCGCCGUCGACCUGGCAACGCCCGAGGACCAGCGGUAUCAAAAUAUCAUAACGAAAAAUGUCGGCAUGACAGCUAUCAUGGUGUUUGUACGUGACGAUGCCGUCGACAAAGUUGCAUGGGUCGAAACAGCAGAGACCGGUGUUGGUGUACACCAGGCUGGCAACAAGGGUGCCGUAGGGGCGAGGAUAGGCUACCGAGCGGACUAUGAUAGCGAGAACCAGCUUGCCUUGACAUUUUUAUCAUUACAUCUUGCUCCGGAUGAAACUGGUACGGAAAGGAGAAACCAAGACUGGAAAGAUAUCUGCCAGAGGCUCGUCUUUACCGGCUCCGAUCUUGCAGGUAAUCCUGCGUGCCUCGAGAGGCAGCAGUACGACGAAGAAGGGACACCACUGCUUCCAAAUUCUCCCGGUGCAGCAGGGAACUGCGGAAUAUAUUCACCAGGCUCAUACCUUUUUGUAGCUGGGGAUUUCAACUAUCGCACAUCAAGCAGAGGACCGAAGCCUUGCGAUAUAUCAGCGUUUCCCCAGCCUACGGACGAUACGAGCAAUAGCAGCCACUAUAUUCACCUACUUGCCCAUGACCAAUUGACCCGCGAACUACGAGGAAACAAAACAAUGCAUCACCUUUCUGAGCAGCCCGUUACAUUUCCCCCAUCGUACAAAUAUUCCCUAGAAGCCCGGGAAGGUAGCCUGCUGCAUCCUUCCCAGGGCUUCAAGUGGGCAAAAAACCGGUGGCCCAGCUGGUGUGAUCGCAUCCUAUAUCUCGAUAACCCAUCGCCAGGAGACGACUCCUACAGAGUCAUGCCCCAUCAUUAUGGCAUACUUCCGCUUUUCUCCACAUCUGACCAUCGCCCUGUUGUCUUAUCCCUUUCGGUCCCCCUUCACACGAACCCAACUGGUCCAAUCUCAGCGCUAUCACCUCCUUUCGAACUUGACCCCGAAUGGCAGAAGAAACGGUCACUUGCCAGGAAGAAGGAACUUACAGUUGGGGCCAUGGCAUAUUUAGUUCUCACCUGGGAAGGCAAUGGCUUGAUCUUGGCAUCAAUCUUAGCAGUCGCCGCAGGAUACUUUACCCUCUAUGGCCUUGAAUAG